AUGAAUAGGAAUGUUUUAUUUAAGUUUUAUGAUCCCGUUACUUUAGCAGGUGAUCAAAUUCGAGGAGAAUGUUACUUAAGAAUAACGGAAGAAAUACCUAAGGCUUAAAUUGUUUUGACUUUUUAAACUAAAAUGUAUUCCAAGAUCAUUGAAAAAAGAUAGGUAAUUGUAUAAUUUUUGAAACUUAAGAUACCUUAUGAUCAAAGCAAUCCUUAAAUGAUUCCAGAGAAACUAGUAGAGAAAACUCAAAGGAUUUAAGUUACUUUAGAUUCUCCAUUAAGAUAACCUAAACAAACUCAAAAGAAAUAUGAGUUAAAUGGUGAAAUUAUGUAUAGAGUAAUUAGACAUUAUGGAACACAUGAAUCUUUUGUUUAUACUUAAGAAUUAUAUACUGGAUAAGUGAAACCAGGAGAUUAUAAGUUUUAAUUUAGCAUUCCAACCUAAUAUAAUAUGUCUUCAAGCUUUUCAUAUAAAAGUGAAGAUGGUAAAUUAUUCAAUUUGAAUUAGGAUUGAAAUAAGCAAAAUGUGGAUAUAAGGUGACAUUAAGAGUUGAUUUACCUGAUGAAGCUAGUACUUUGAUGAUGGAAAGUGCUGAUGUCUUUAUUAAUGGAAGAGUAACUUCAGAAGGUGAAUAAUUUAGGUAAUGUGAAGGCAAUAUUGUUUAAUAUUUAUGUUUAAAUCGAGGAACAGUAGAACUCUCUUUAAAAUUAAACAAAAACAAUUUCAUUCCUGGUGAAUAAAUACAAGUAGAAUACACAUUAGAUAAUACUCGUUCAUAAAGAUCAAUUAGUAGAGUAGAAGCUAGAUUGAUAAAUAAAAUUACAUUUAUAGAUGAUGAUGAAAUAGAAAGAAUUAUAGAAAAUAUCAAAGUAUUUCAAUAAAAUUUAGGUGGUGUCAAUUCUGGUUAAAAAUUAGAAAGACAAAAUGCAUCUCUAGAAAUCCCUAAAAAUCUUAGAGCUACUAUAAAAACUAGUGUUAUUAGAAAUUAAUACUUUUUAUAAAUGGAAGCUAUUGCUGUAUUUAAAUAAUCUAAAUAUAUUAUUAGGAUGCCUUCUUAACUUGGUUGUCAGUCCCAGUAGUUUGCCAAAUCCCUAUUAAUAUUCAAGAAUCACAAUUACCUCAUAAAAUCAAUCUGGAAGGUUGGAAUUUCUUACCAAUUAUGAAUGUCUCAGUCAAUGCUUUUUCCAAUCUGACUGUUCAAUAAUCAUUUAUUCCAACAUGA